CUGUGCCACAGUCACACUACAUUUCCCAUGAUGCUUAGGUCAGAAAAAGGGUUCGGCUUGUUGGGCGCGGGCUGUGAAAGGAACCAUUUGAAAGAAAAAAUGGCGGAAAAACAUCUUGAAUCUGGACCAGGCGGUGUCGGAAGUGUCGUCGUUGAAGAAGAACCCCAAAAUGAGGUCACCUCGGUGAAACAAUCAUUGAAAAGAUGCUCUUCCACAAGCCCGAGUACAGCUCCCCCACACAAAUCUCCCCGUACCGACUUCCUAUCACCCACCACACAGAUCCCAGAUGCAGGGCAAAGACCUCCAGAGUCAGACAAACAAGAAAUGGAGACAGAAAGCACCGAGGCGCCUGCAAGUCCCACUGUCAGCCCCACUGCACGGAGGAAGUCCUGGAGGAGAGCCACCAUAACACGACGCUCCCUUCCUGCCCUUCCCAACUUGUAUCAAAGUUUGUGCAUGGGCAUAAGUACAUCCCUGUCACAGCAAGAAAGGCUUGAGAAAUUGAUGGAGGCUUCGAUGAAGCUGGCAAUAGAGAGAACUCAAAAUUCACUGCAGUCCGUGCCAAAAACCUCACUGGAGACAUUUCAGAAAAGAGUUGAGCACAUGGAGAAAGAAUGGGGUUGUCUAGCCAAACGCAUACGCAGUGAACCACGGGGUCACCAUCUCCCUGUUAGUGCAGCCAGUUGUAGUGAUCCUGCAGUGCAAAUAGCCAUGGAAAGAGUCCAGAAAGCUGUUAACAGGCUCCAGGCUGAAAGUGAAUCAUGGGAGGCACUGUUGAACAAACACCGGAGUAAAGCAGAGGAAAUGGAAAGGAAAGUGGAGCGAGGCCGGGAGAGAGGCAUAUCAUUGGACACUACAUCUGUGGCUCGGUCCUCGCAGUACCAUUUCAUACAGAGUAAACCUGACUAUCAUGGUCUCCUCUGUAGACAGCAGCCCAUGCUUCACACAAUGACAAUGAUUAUGGACACUCAAUGUAAGAUGGUUAGAGAGCUCCUCUCCAUCAAAAAGCAGUCACAGUUAUUGGUGAAAGAGACCAGUGGCCGAUUGGCUGCGGAGGCAGGACUGCAGGAUCUUUCACCCGACCUCAUCAGGAACCUCAUGGCAGGACCUUUAUCCGCAUCUACAUAGUCACUUUGGCAGGAGACAAGCAGAAGCAAUCAAACAUUUAAUGGACCAUUGUUCUUUAUGACCUGUAGAUAAUGAUCAUAUUGUUUUUAACAUACAUCAAGCACUAAUUUGGCUUCCUGUGUCAAAACAAUUUCCAUCAGCAGCAGUUGUAACGGAGCUAGCUCAGGUGAUCCAUGUGUUUGACCAGCAGGUGGCAGUGGCUGGCUUUACAAAAACUGACAUGUGCUGUGAAUGAUAACAGUGGAUUUUUCUGUUAAGCCUUAAGUACAUUCUCACUUGGAAAACCUGACAUGUUAAAAUUAGACUGCUUGCUCUAAGAAAUUAAAGAAAGAAUGUCGGUGUGACGUGUUGUCAUGAAAUAUUAAAAUAUAAUGACUGGAUCUAAUGAAUAGAAACUAAAAUUAAUUUGGCUUUAUAAAAUAGUCAAUGUAGUGACAUUUUUGAGUAGGCCUAACUACUAUUAAUAAAUAUAUAGUCAAAAGGCAAAGAAGAGAAUCUUGUUGGUGUAUAUGGUGCAAUUUUAAAAUGUCAUUAAACCUGUGAAGAAACCAGUUUCUCAAUUGAAAUCACUUUAAUUGACAACAUAAAAACAUUACCCAUGGCGAUAAUGAAGCUGUAUGCAAAACAAGAGUUUGAAAACAAGAAUUCUGCUACAGUCUAGUUAAUGUAAAGUCCCUUUUAAAUGUUCAUCCUCAGUCACAUUUACUUGCUUCUUGGUGCCGCAUCUAUUUCACUUCAUCAGUGUCCCCUGACCAUUCAGGAGAAGGCCCCUCCCCCACAGUGACUCACCCCCAUCUCUUGCAUUUGGCUGGGUCACUGAUGCAGAACGAAGCUUUGACAUUGUACCAGUCAGUCAAAGCUUUGUUAGCUAUCACUCUUAUCUCUUGGACCCAUUCACUCAUUAAUGUUCAUAUUUAAUUUGUUUCUCUGAUGAUUAUAGUAUGAAGAAAGCCCCCUGCCCCAUUGCCAGCCAUAAAUAAGAGUGAUUGACUUUCUGUCCUCUGCUGUUAUGAUUUCCAACAUGGACUAUGGUGAAUUUUCCUGGUGAUUGUAUUCAAGGGAGUGACUAGAGAGCACGGGGACAAGCAAAGGGAAGACAUGCAGGGUUGUGACUGUGAGAGUUGUGAGUAAGGGAGGAUGGUGCACAGCAGGAGAGAUCGAUUCUUAUUUAAAUGAAAAUGAGCCUUGAUGCUUGUGGGGUGAGAGGAGGGCAGCUUUAGCAUCCAAAUGAAUAGAAGUUUCACAGAAAUGAUCCUUAGCUGAAUCACUAACAAUAAAAACAUAAAGAAGUUUACAAAGCCACUGGCAUAGUCCUUUUACUUUCGAGGAAGGUCUCUCUUGACAGUGACAGAAAUUGACUUUGGGGUUUCAUUAUAACCUCUGCAGCAACUCGCUUAAAACUGUAAACUGUAACCUCAGUAACCCAGUAAAUGCCAUGUUAUAAGUUGUUCUUACAGUGUUUGAUUUGGAUGCUAUGCAUAUGUGUCUUGGGUGUGACUAGGCUCUCCAAGUUCCCUGUUUGUAGAGUAUCAUUAGAAAGAAAGAAAG